UGUGUAAUGAACACUCACCCCAUUCAUCAGAAGAAGAGAGAAGUAGUCUUCAUCUAAAACAAAAUUAUUAUCAGAUAAAGCUGAAGAGAGAUGAACAACGGCGGAGGAAAGGUGGUCUGCGUCACCGGAGCUUCCGGUUACAUAGCGUCUUGGAUUGUCAAGCUUUUGCUCCUCCGUGGCUACACCGUCAAAGCCACCGUUCGAGACCCAACGGAUAGGAAGAAAACAGAACAUCUUCUUGCACUAGAGGGUGCAAAAGAAAGACUCAAACUGUUCAAAGCAGAUCUUUUGGAAGAAUAUUCUUUCGAACAAGCAAUCCAAGGUUGUGAUGCUGUCUUCCACACCGCUUCUCCGGUUCUAUUCACCGUCACAGAUCCUCAGAGUGAGCUGAUUAAUCCAGCCUUAAAGGGUACUAUGAACGUCCUUAGCACAUGCAAAAAAACUCCAUCGCUCAAAAGGGUCAUUCUAACAUCUUCAAUGGCUUCGGUUCUUCUUCGUCAACCUCCUGUAGAGCCAAACGAAGUGGUGGACGAGACUUUCUUCUCCGAUCCAAGUCUAUGCAGAGAGACAAAGAAUUGGUAUCUACUCGCCAAGACUUUGGCAGAGAAUGCAGCGUGGCAAUUUUCUAAAGACAACGGAAUCGACAUGGUCGUCCUGAAUCCAGGAUUUAUAAUCGGACCACUCUUGCAACCAACUCUUAAUUUUUCGGUAGAGCUGCUUGUGCAUUUCAUAAAUGGUAGGAACCCUUUCAAUAGUAAAUACUACAGGUUCGUGGACGUGAGAGAUGUUGCCUUAGCCCAUAUCAAAGCGUUGGAGACUCCUUCAGCCAAUGGCAGAUACGUCAUCGAUGGUCCAAAUAUGAGUGUAAACGAGAUUAAAGAGAUUUUGCGUGAGUUAUUUCCUGGUUUGUCUAUUGCUGAUACGAAUGGAGAAAGUGAGAUGAUCGAAGUGAGUUACAAAGUGUGUGUGGAGAAAGUGAAGAAUUUGGGCGUUGAGUUCACUCCUAUGAAAUUAAGCCUUAGAGACACUAUUGCUAGCCUCAAAGAGAAACUUCUCUUAUGAUUUAUGUGUUCGUAUAUAUAUUUAUAAUUAUUGUGUUUUGUUGAAUUUUUAGUAUUACUAGCUAGCGUGUUUUAAGUUGUGGAGACUUUUUAUUUAAAACUAUUAAGCAUUUCAUAAAUAUUAUAAGAUACUUGCCACUAA